GUUAAUCCUUUUGCAGAUAACUUUUUAUUGAGAGUUAUAACUUUUAAUUUUGUUUCUUAUCUUUUAUUGAAUUAAAAAUUGUUUGUCACUCGGUAAAACAAAAUUGAAUCAUGUUAAUGUACAAUAAUAAUUCAAAAGACCCUCGGUUUGCUACUAUGGACUAUCCAUGUGUGAGAUGCGAGAAGAGUAUUCCUGCGAGCGAGAUAUUAAGCUGCUUGGACAAAUGCUGGCACAAGGCGUGUUUCUUUUGCGAAACUUGCAAAAUAGUGCUCACUUUGGAAACUUACAAGGGGUACAACAAGCUGCCAUAUUGUGACCUCCAUUACCCUUCUGUUAGACAUACUACAGUGGCCGAAGCCCCUGCAAAUCUCAAUGGAGGAAGCCAGAAUCAGGCAGUGUAUUACAAUAAGCAUCAGAAUUGUUCAUGUUAUUCUGUUGUGGAAAGAGGAGACCUUACAGGUGCUCCCGUAGUCCCGAAAGAAGGAGGCGACAAUCCUCCAUCAGCCAGUCGAGACGGAAAUGUUGUUCGUACUUCCAAUAAUGCACCUGAAUAUGUGGAGAGUGGGGCGUCGUACCGUGCUAUAUACGACUACACUGCAGCAGACGACGAUGAGAUUUCAUUCAAGCAAGGUGACGUCAUUAAAAACGGGACGAUAGUUGACGAUGGAUGGAUGACAGGGUGCAACGAGAAGACGGGGAAGCUUGCAUGCUGCCUACUAAUUAUGUAGCGCCCAUGUAAACAGCGGCAGCCAAAAAUUAGAAUUACUCUGAUUUUAGUGACACUCAUUAUCAGACAAAAUCAGAACUCUAUAAUCAAACUUAUUGCUUAUAUUUUUUGU